UACUUCCGGUGACAGUAUGUACCGAAGCAACAAUCCAGACGCGCCGGGCCACCACAUGGAUAGCCACACGAGAGUAACGUACCGGAGGAACGCGGGGUUCCUGGAGAGAAUCGGACAGAGUCUGAUCGGUAUUCUAGUGGGAAUCGGACUUCUGAUUGGGGCAUCUGUUCUGUUGUUCUGGAAUGAGGGACGAGCUGUAAAAACUGCUAAGUCUCUGGAUGAGGGAUUGAGUAAAGUUCUUGUUAUGGAUAAUAUCUUUGGGAUUGAUACAAACAAUGUUGGAUCACUGGUUUACCUAACGGGAGAGCUAUCGACUGGCAAGAAACCAUUGGUAGAUGAUCUACAUCAUGUGACUGUGAAUGCUGUCAAACUCCAGAGGACCGUGGAAAUGUACCAGUGGGUGGAAACAGAAACUAAAAGAGAAUACAACGAGGGUGGACAAACCAGAACAGAGACCACGUACUCCUAUGAUUUGGAGUGGAGGUCAAAUGUCAUCAACAGUGACUCCUUUGACAACCCUGUUGGUCACAAAAAUCCAAGGGUGUUUCCCGUGGAGUCAAAGUCCCAGGUAGCCAAACCUGUCCAUGUGGGAAUCUACCACCUGUCUGAUGGUCUCAUCGACCAGAUAAACGAGUUUCAUCCGAUUCCGUCAGACCUACUUCCUGUUCCACAUGGCGGCUACUCACUACACAAUGGAAUGUACUACAUGUCCCAGAAUCCCAACUCACCUCAGGCUGGAGACAUCAGAGUCAGCUACACAUAUGCUGGUCUGAGUGGGGAAUCAGUGCUAGGGAAACCUGAGGUGGUGAGCGUCAUAGGUAAGCUGUCAGGUAACACCAUCGUGAGUUACGAGUCGGAUCAUGGAUACCACCUGUUGUUUCUGUACAUGGGGAGACACUCACCAGAGGCGAUGUUUGCUAAAGAGCAACAGAAGAACACGAUGAUCUCGUGGGCCGUGAGACUUGGGGGAUGGCUGCUGAUGUUUAUAGGAUUUGGCUGUUUAACAAGCAUCAUCAGGACCCUGGUUGAUUGGCUACCUAUUGUGCGUGAACUGGUAGCCAUUGGUGUCAACAUGAUGAACCUUGCCCUCUCCAUAAGCCUCUCUCUAACAGUGAUUGCCAUUGGAUGGAUCGCUUAUCGUCCCUUGAUGGGAAUCGCCAUUUUAGCCAUGGCGGCAACACCUUUCUUUAUGGCAAAAUAUAGAUCUAGAGGGGCACACGGACAUAGGUCUUAUGAGUAGUUAAAAUUAGUUUCUCUAGAUUAUUUUUUUACCCACCUUAAAUGUCUUUCAUGUUGUUCUUGGGUAGUUAUAUAAUUUGAGCUCUGUCUCCUGUAUAAUUUGGAGACAAUUCUCUGUUUUACAAUUUCCACGUGGUAUGAUAGAUUAGCAGAAUUGAUUUAGUAAACGAUUUACAAUUUUGUAGCUUUUGUGUUAUUGUUUCUGUCUUCCAUUAUAACUACACAACGACUCUUCUGUAUGUUUUUAUGUUAAUGCAAUACCAAUCAACCCUAUGGAAAGAAAAAGUCAUGUACAUGCGUUACAAAACAGUCAUAUCUAAAUUAAAGUUCAUUUUAAUGCAACAUCAAUCGACCCUAUCUAAAGGAAAGUUCGUUUUAGAUAAUAACACUUUCAAGAAAGAAUUUAUGAUUCUGUACUUUAUGUUCUGCGAUGACAAUUCCAUUACGUAUAGUUGAAUCCUUCUUACAAAAUACUAAAUUUGUGUAGAUUUGUUAAAGUAAAAUAAAUAUAGAAAGCAACAUAUUGUGGAAAAAAAAUUCGUGGGAAAACAUUAUGCCUGUUAUAUUUACAAACUGUUCAGAAUUCUUACAGAUAUUUAUUUGUGUUUCAAAAUACCAUGCAUAACCAUGUUGUUCAUUAGAAUAUAUUUUCUUUUGUUUGUAUAUUUACAUAAGUAAUUAGUUUCCUUCUUUAAGAUGUUGUUUAUUUUAUUUCAAUUAAAUUAAUUGAAAAAAGCAA